CACUUGAACUCAGUUUUAUUUGAACAGAUUGAAACCCAAAAAAUAAAGAACUGCAGAUACUCAUGAGCAGACUAUAAAACAAAAUUUGGUUUGGUUAUACAGUAGUGCAUUAUGCAAUCAAAGUGGAAUAAAUCAAUUGCAGUUGACACUAAAUCCAGUAGAACUUGAUAUUAAAAGGCUGCAGCGCAUAAUGUCCGAAUGCUACAGCAAUAAGUGUCAAUGUUGAGUAAUCAUCUACACAAAAGCUAUGCUGAAAACUGCUAAGUGUUGAGAGCCUUUCCUAUGUGUGAUCUGGACCGUAGGAUGUGGAUUGGAUGGAGAUUAGAAGGGUAAAGUUGCAGCGUGACUUCACUUGAUAAAGGCACUGGAUCUCAGUCCGAGCAAAACGGCCAAAACUGGGCCGUAGCGCGGGGAAAAAAAAAAGGAAAAGCCGCCACUGCUGCCCGCGUGCUCGCUUCCCCCUCCCUCCACCCCCAACUCGAUCUCCGGCCGCGACGCGACACCGCAGAUGGCCAAGUCUGGGUACACGCGCCCGCCGCCCGUCGCCGAGGACGCCGCCGCGCUUCCCGCUCCCAUCGCCGUCCUGUACGUGGCCAACUGCGGGCCGGCGGUGGGGCUGACCCACGACGACGUCGCCGCGGCCUUCGGCGCCUUCGGGGAGGUGCAGGGGGUCAGCGCCGCCGACGACAGCGGCGCGCGCGUCAUCGUCCGGUUCCGCGAGCCCGCCGCCGCGGGGGCCGCGAUGGCCGCGCUCCACGGGCGCCCCUGCGGCCGCCUCUCCGGGCGCGUGCUGCACAUACGCUACUCGGUGCCCGCCCCGCCCAAGGCCCCCGUCGCCGUCUCCGCUCCCCCGGUGGCCCUCUCGUCCUCGGAGCUCGGCAUCCCGGGAAUUCACCUGGUCCAGGAGUUCGUCAGUGCCGCCGAGGAACAGGAGCUUCUUGCAGCUGUGGAUAGUAGGCCGUGGAAAAGGUUGGCGAAAAGGCGAGUUCAGCACUAUGGUUACGAGUUUCUGUAUGAAACUAGGAAUGUUGAUUCGAAGCAGUUCUUGGGUGAAUUGCCAUCUUUUGUUUCGAAAAUCCUUGAGAAAAUUGUGACGUUCCCUGGCGUGAAGAAUUGUACUGGCAAACUGGUGGAUCAAUUGACAGUAAACGAAUAUCCUUGUGGUGUAGGUUUGUCUCCACACAUAGACACACACUCAGCAUUCGAAGAAAUGAUUUUCAGUCUUUCCUUGGCUGGACCUUGCAUUAUGGAGUUCAGGCAAUACCCCAAAGGCAGUUGGCGUGCUCCAAGUGUGGUCAGUGGAACUGAUGAAGGUAGUAUCCAGGAUCCACAAUGCAUACGGAAAGCUGUAUUUCUACCUCCUCGGUCAAUGUUACUCAUGUCUGGAGAAGGUCGAUAUGCUUGGCAUCACUAUAUACCACACCAUAAGAUUGAUGAUGUGGCUGGUCAAGUCAUUAAAAGAAAUUCGCGGCGGGUUUCCUUCACUUUACGAAAGGUGAGGAUGGGUCUUUGCGAAUGUGAAUAUGGCCAAUUUUGUGAUUCACAGAGCAAGUAAGAUAUCAACAUAGGAUUAAGGAUAAAAUCUUGAACAUUACCUGCUACACCAUUGGCGAAUUCGUUAUCACCAACCACAGACUGGUGAUCUGGUGGAUGAUGUUUCAUAGGACAACCACUCCAACUAAGGAAAGUCAGCUGAAGCAUAUUUGAGCAAACCAAUAGAUAGCACCAUUCCACCAAGUUUUGUAUCUUGUAGCGAACUAAGUUUGAGACUGAAAUUCUCCCGGAGUCCUGAUUUAUCCGGUUGAAAUAUUUUUGUUGUAUUUGUACAACUACAGUGAUCACCAUUUAUUAUCAUAUUGUUGAUAUUGUUGUGGAAUUCAAUGAUAUCAUGUCAACGUUA